AAGACCACCUCCCAGCCGGCUUCCCGACCAUCGACAUGGGCCCGCAGCUGAAGGUGGUGGAAAAGGCCCGCACGGCCACCAUGCUCUGCGCUGCCAGCGGUAACCCCGACCCCGAAAUCUCCUGGUUCAAGGACUUCCUGCCCGUCGACACCGCGACCAGCAACGGGCGAAUCAAACAGCUCCGCUCGGGUGGUACACCGAUCAGAGGAGCUCUGCAAAUAGAGAACAGCGAGGAGUCAGACCAAGGGAAAUACGAAUGUGUCGCAACCAACAGUGCAGGAACGCGCUACUCUGCCCCAGCAAACCUUUACGUUCGAGAUCAGCGAGAAGUGCGGCGUGUUGCUCCUCGAUUCUCUAUCCCUCCGAGCAACCACGAGGUGAUGCCUGGGGGGAGCGUGAACCUCACGUGCGUGGCGGUGGGUGCUCCGAUGCCCUACGUGAAGUGGAUGGCUGGCGUGGAGGAGCUGACCAAAGAGGACGAGAUGCCCGUCGGUAGGAACGUCCUGGAGCUGAACAACAUCGUGCAGUCUGCCAACUACACCUGCGUGGCCAUCUCCUCCCUCGGCAUGAUCGAAGCCACAGCCCAGAUCACUGUCAAAGCACUGCCAAAACCUCCAACAGAGCCAUUAGUGACUGAAACGACAGCUACCAGCGUGACCCUCACCUGGGAUUCGGGCAACUCCGACCCCAUUUCGUAUUACGUCAUCCAGUACAAGCCCAGAUCCUUGGAGGGUCAGUUCCAGGAGGUGGAUGGCGUGGCAACAACCCGCUAUAGCAUAGGUGGGCUCAGCCCCUUCUCAGAGUACGAGUUCCGCGUCAUCGCAGUCAAUAACAUUGGCAGGGGUCCCCCCAGUGAUCUGGUUGAGGCCCGGACAGGAGAGCAAGCUCCAUCAAGUCCCCCCCUCAAAGUCCAGGCACGGAUGCUGAGCGCCAGCACCAUGCUGGUCCAGUGGGAGCAGCCGGAGGAGCCAAAUGGACAGAUCAGAGGGUACCGCGUUUACUACACCACUGACCCACAUCUGCCUCUGAGCAUGUGGCAGAAACACAACACCGACGACAGCCACCUCACCACCGUGGGCAGCCUCAUCACGGGAACCACAUACAGCAUCCGCGUCCUGGCCUUUACUUCGGUGGGUGACGGGCCCCCCUCGGACAUCAUCCAGGUCAAAACACAGCAAGGCGUUCCUGCCCAGCCAGCUGAUUUCCAGGCAGAGGCAGAGUCUGAUACCCGCAUCCUGCUGUCGUGGCUGCCCGCCUCUCAGGAACGCAUUACCAAAUACGAGCUGCUGUACUGGGAAGGGGAGGAUGGCACUCAGCAAAAGGUGGAGUUUGACCCAACCUCCUCGUACGCCGUGGAAGGUCUCAAACCAGACACGCUGUAUAAGUUUCGUCUGGGUGCCCGCUCAGAGCUGGGGGUAGGAGUCUACACCCCAACCAUCGAAGCCAGAACUGCCCAGUCCACCCCCUCCGCCCCACCCCAAGAAGUCGAGUGUGUAAGCACCAGCUCCACUACCAUCCGGGUAAGUUGGGUGCCACCGCCUGCCCAGAGCCGCAAUGGGGUCAUCACCCAGUACUCCAUUGCGUACCAGGCAGUGGAAGGAGAUGACAACACCAAGCAUGUGGUGGAUGGCAUUGGACGGGAGCACUCCAGCUGGGAGAUCAAGGACCUGGAGAAAUGGACCGAGUACAAGGUGUGGGUAAGGGCUCACACCGAUGUGGGGCCAGGACCGGAGAGCAUCCCCGUGCACGUGCGCACUGACGAGGAUGUGCCCAGUGCCCCACCGCGAAAGGUGGAGGUGGAGUCCGUGAAUUCGACUGCCAUCCGGGUGAGCUGGAAGCUGCCCAUCUCCAACAAGCAGCACGGGCAGAUCCGCGGGUACCAGGUCACCUACGUGAAGCUGGAAAACAAUGAGCCCCGAGGGCAGCCGGUGAUCAAGGACGUCAUGCUGUCGGAAGCACAGUGGCGAGCUGAGGACUCCGUCGACCACGAGACGGUGAUCGGAGGCCUGCUGCCAGAAACCACCUACUCCGUCACAGUCGCUGCCUACACCACCAAAGGAGAUGGUGCCCGCAGCAAACCGAAAGUCAUCACCACCACAGGGGCAGUCCCGGGGAAGCCCACCAUGAUGAUUAGCACGACAGCCAUGAACACAGCCCUCAUCCAGUGGCACCCACCCAAGGAGAUGGUAGGGGAGCUGCUGGGUUACCGGCUGCAGUACAGACGCCUUGAUGAGGAAAAGAUGAACACGAUAGACUUCGGGAAGAGAGACCAUCACUACACCGUGACCAACCUGCACAAGGGGGCCACAUACCUCUUCAAAUUGUCUGCCAAGAACAGAGCUGGCCCAGGAGAGGAGUUUGAGAAGGAGAUCACUACGGCGGAAGACGUGCCGAGCGGUUUCCCGCAAAACCUGCGCGUGGUGGGGCUCACCACUUCCACCACAGAGGUCGCGUGGGACCCCCCGGUCUUGGCAGAGAGAAACGGCAAGAUCGUCAACUACACAGUGGUAUACAGGGACAUAAAUAGCCAGCAGGACCUGGUUAACAUCACCAAGGACACAAGUAUCACUUUGACGAAUUUGAAGCCCGAUACCACUUACGACAUCAAAGUGAGGGCCCGCACCAAUAAGGGGGUUGGGCCGCUCAGCCCCAGCAUCCAGUCCCGGACCAUGCCUGUUGAGCAAGUGUUUGCUAAGAACUUCCGCGUCAAUGCCGUCAUGAAGACGUCUGUGUUGCUGAGCUGGGAAGUGCCUGACUCCUAUAAAUCUGCAGUGCCUUUCAAGAUUCUGUACAAUAGCCAGAGCGUGGAGGUGGAUGGCCACUCAAUGAAGAAACUCAUAAGUGACCUGCAGCCAGACACAGACUAUUCUUUCGUGCUAAUGAACCGCGGGAGCAGUGCUGGGGGGCUCCAGCACCUCGUCUCCAUCCGCACCGCUCCUGAUGUCUUACAGAGCAAACCCAUCGCCACAAACAAGUACAUACAGGAAGGAAAAUUCACGCUCGCCCUUCCCAAAGUCCAGACCACUGUGCCAGUUAGGUGGUACUACAUCGUGGUGGUGCCAGCGGAUCAGAGCACCAGCACCCCGACCGCUCGGUGGAGAACACCCGAUGAGAUGGAGCUGGACCAGCUGCUGGAGGCCAUCAGCCAAGGGAGUCAGAGCAGGCGCCAGCGACGCCAAGCAGACAGACUCAAGCCCUACAUUGCUGCUCAAGUGGAUGUGCUGCCGGAGACCUUCACCCUGGGGGACGAGAAGAACUACAAAGGUUUCUACAACAAGCCCCUGUCCCAAGACCUGAGCUAUCGCUGCUUCGUGCUGGCCUCGCUGGAGGAUGGCGACACGAAGAGAUACGCAGCCAGCCCCUACUCGGAUGAGAUCGUGAUGGAAGUGGCUUCAGCAAAGCAGCAGGAUGAACCGGAGAUGCUGUGGGUGAUGGGACCCGUCCUGGCUGUGAUAUUAAUCAUCAUCAUUGUCAUUGCUAUACUCCUCUUCAAAAGUAAACAAGAAAGGAAACGGGCACACUCCCCCUCUUCCAAGGAUGAGCACUCCAUCGGCCUGAAGGACUCGCUCUUGGCCCACUCCUCUGAUCCGGUUGAGAUGAGGCGGCUCAACUACCAGACUCCAGGCAUGCGUGACCACCCCCCUAUCCCCGUGACCGACCUCGCCGACAACAUCGACAGGCUGAAAGCCAACGAUGGGCUGAAGUUCUCCCAGGAGUACGAGUCCAUUGACCCGGGGCAGCAGUUCACCUGGGAGAACUCCAACCUGGAAGUGAAUAAACCCAAAAACCGCUAUGCAAACGUCAUCGCCUACGACCACUCCCGUGUCAUCCUGACCUCCAUCGAUGGGGUCCCCGGCAGUGAUUACAUCAACGCCAAUUACAUCGACGGCUAUCGGAAGCAGAACGCCUACAUCGCCACGCAGGGACCUCUGCCAGAAACCCUCAGCGACUUCUGGAGGAUGGUGUGGGAACAGAGAACGGCAACUAUAGUGAUGAUGACCAGGCUGGAGGAGAAGUCCAGGGUAAAGUGUGACCAGUACUGGCCAAGCCGAGGUACGGAAACCUAUGGGAUGAUCCAGGUGACCCUGCUGGACACAGUCGAGCUGGCGACCUACACCGUCCGCACCUUUGCGUUGUACAAGAACGGCUCCAGCGAGAAGCGAGAGCUGCGGCAGUUCCAGUUCAUGGCUUGGCCUGAUCAUGGGGUGCCAGAAUACCCCACCCCGAUCCUGGCUUUCCUGCGGCGGGUCAAAGCCUGCAACCCACCGGAUGCUGGGCCCAUGGUUGUCCAUUGCAGCGCCGGCGUGGGCCGAACCGGUUGCUUCAUCGUCAUCGAUGCCAUGCUGGAGCGGAUGAAGCACGAGAAGACCGUGGACAUCUAUGGGCACGUGACGUGCAUGCGCUCUCAGCGCAACUACAUGGUGCAGACCGAGGACCAGUACAUCUUCAUCCACGAGGCCUUGCUGGAGGCUGCCACGUGUGGCAAUACCGAGGUGCCUGCUCGCAACCUCUUUGCUCACAUCCAGAAGCUGACCCAGGUGCCGCCGGGCGAGAGCGUUACUGCAAUGGAGCUGGAAUUCAAGCUGCUGGCCAACUCUAAAGCACAUACCUCACGUUUCAUCAGUGCCAACCUCCCGUGCAACAAAUUCAAGAACCGCCUGGUGAACAUCAUGCCAUACGAGCUGACCAGAGUCUGUCUGCAGCCCAUCCGGGGUGUCGAGGGCUCCGACUACAUCAACGCCAGCUUCAUCGAUGGGUACAGGCAGCAGAAGGCCUACAUCGCCACGCAGGGACCGCUGGCCGAGACCACAGAGGAUUUCUGGCGGAUGCUCUGGGAGCACAACUCCACCAUCGUGGUGAUGCUGACGAAGCUGCGCGAGAUGGGCCGGGAGAAGUGCCAUCAGUACUGGCCCGCGGAGCGCUCUGCCCGGUACCAGUACUUUGUGGUGGACCCCAUGGCAGAGUACAACAUGCCGCAGUACAUCCUCCGGGAGUUCAAGGUGACAGAUGCCAGGGACGGCCAGUCACGGACCAUCCGCCAGUUCCAGUUCACAGACUGGCCUGAGCAGGGAGUGCCAAAGACGGGAGAGGGCUUCAUCGACUUCAUUGGGCAGGUGCACAAGACCAAGGAGCAGUUUGGGCAGGACGGGCCCAUCACGGUGCACUGCAGCGCUGGGGUCGGGCGCACAGGCGUGUUCAUCACGCUCAGCAUCGUGCUGGAGAGGAUGCGCUACGAGGGGGUGGUGGACAUGUUCCAGACGGUGAAGACCUUGCGGACGCAGCGGCCAGCCAUGGUGCAGACAGAGGACCAGUACCAGCUGUGCUACAGAGCGGCGCUGGAGUAUCUCGGCAGCUUCGACCACUAUGCAACGUAACUAGUGCUUUCCUCCAGUCGCGGUGGGGAUGUCUAGGAGUGGAGACGGGUCCCUCUGAGCCAGAGCCGCCCAUUCCUCAGUCCUUCUGUACAGACGGAGGCGCUGCCCAGGCAGCAAACCUCCACGCCAACCAGUUCUGACCACGGCAUUUAGGAACUUCGCCCCAGCGCCAACUGAGGGAAUCCGACUCCAAAAGCAUUUCCAGUCUCUGGCUGAAUUUCUGCUCAUGUGCAUCUCUCGCCCUCUCUCACGCGACUGCAUUUCACAGCGAGGCUUUAGGUGGGUGGAAUGGGAUCUUUUUUUUAAACAUGUAAAAUAGUUACUAGUGGUUUUUAUAAUCUCCUC